AAGUAUUAGGUGGAGAUCCAGUGAAGUAUAUGUUGUAGACUUAGACUUUGGCGUGGCUUGCUUCUGAUGAACCCUUGCUGAACAAGAGUCUGUUGAAGAACUAAGAGCACGCACGUCAGUGUGUGAUCUACGCUCGCGUCAGCACUCAAGACGGUCAGACAUCUAAAGCCACGAAGCUGGACCACGUGCCGCAAUUCCGAUAAAUCAGCAAGGAUCUAGCACACGUGCUUCAUCACACUUCAGGUUUUGGCAUGGUGGCACGGCCGAUCUUCUAAGCCCGAAAACUCCCACACCGAAAAUAAUUCAAGUUGUAGAAGAAAGAUAACUGCGUGCUUCCAUCUGACCUUGGACGAAACGUGCUGCCUUCAGGAUGGCGUGCGUGGUAGGGCCUACGGAUGCUGGAAUGGCAAAAUUCGACAAGGGCAACAUCACCAAAGUUUUUCGAGUUUGGGCAGAAAGGAUAGACAAGGAGCUUCAGGUAUGCUUUGGGUUUUCAUUUUCAAGCAGGUCUUACAGGUUAAACUUUCAGUAUCAUACAUAUGGUUACUUAAAGUACGACUAACUUUUUUUGUGUGGUAGGUCAUUUUCUCAGCGGCAAGUGCUGCUUCGAUGUCGUGUAGGAAGGUGUUUAUCUUUGUCUAGUUUACUUUCCUGGGGUCAAAAGUAUGGAGUGGGUGGUCGACUUUCCGUCUCUUCUAGAAUCCAUCCUCGUGUAUUCUUUGUGCAUGUAAGACCGCGGUUCAUUUUCCAUAACCCUAUCUCCAGAUAAAUGUGUCAAACGACCGGAGCUUUCGAGUAGGGCACACCCCGGCGCUUCUUCCCGAGAAGGUGAAUAGAUGGGAUCCGCGGGAACAGAAAGUCGAAGACCCACAUGAACUAACACAAUCGGUGAAGUUCAAAUAUCCGCCAAUAGAGGAAAUCACUGACAUCAAAUAUGUCGGUACAGCCUUUUUUUCUUGGAAGAUCGAGAUGUAUUGUGGUUUAUGCCAUAAGCAAUGUCUUGUGGAGCCUACCAAUGUACACAACUACGAUACCUUAUAGGGCCUAUAAUAUACAUACUGUACAAACCCAUUUUCUCCAGGUGUCCAAGCCUUUCCGCGGGAGCGGUUUGGUAUUCCGCAGUCCGAGUAUCAUAAAAUAGGAUGGAUGUCUACACCCGCUGAGUUCCGGACAAAAUUCGCUAAAGACCUCCUCGAAGAUAAAACCAAGACGUGCACAACCUUCAAUACGGGGCAAGUCAACAUGCGCGAUAAAUUCUGGAGAAAUCAGCAAGUAUGAGACUCUGUCCUUGUCAUGAUUCUACUGUGUGCUAGGAAAUGUUUAGCAGCGUCGAUCUUGCUGUUUGCAUUCGGGACGGCAUCUCUAUCUCUCAAAAACAUGUGAUAAUACUUAGAAUAUACGACUCAUAUAUUCAUUUCCCUUACCCUUAGUAUGAUGGUUACCUACACUUGUUCAGUCUCUUUCAAUAUUGAGAGGACAACGAUGAAUUUCAAAUUCUCUCUCAAAAUGACACUUUUUGCGCUUCUUUCAGCGGCCCAAAGUGAAGAACCCGAUGGCGCACCACACGGGUUAUAUCACGGGCCUAGCGGACAAUCCGUAUGAGAGGACGAUUAAACAUCCAGAGAAGCUGCCACCAACCGAUCCUCUGACACAGGAGUGGAAAAAAAUGAAGAGAAAAGAUAGACGAGACCGGAAAAAAAUGGAGCGGGAGAUGAUCGAAAGCGGGGAGCUUACUGCAACGACCUUAGUUAAGAUGACUCCAGUGCUGCCUCUAAUCAACGGAUUACAUUUCUUGUUCUAUUUUCUGCGUAGAAACCGGAUCAUUUGAAAUACUGUGUAAGUACAGUAGAAGGAAGACGAAGGAAACGUCGCCGCACUGGUACUGCUCGUCAGACGCUCUCUUUAGUACUGUCCAGUUGGAGGUGGACUGUCCUUUGGUAUAUCUUAGUACUAGAUAGGAUCCUAUUACUCCUGGGUAGUCUAAUAAAGUCGUCUGUAACAACAUUCUCCGCCUAAGAUGAAAAUCUAACUCUAAAUUAGGUGGUGGUGCAACGAGUAGCUCAAGUAUGCGGGGAACAACGAAAGUACCAAAGAAGGUAACAGAUCCUAUGGCAGAAAUUCUAGCAGAAUGCUCCGACGUGGAUGCAGUGGUACCACUACCACUCCUGCAACAUCAAUGCUUCAGAAUGAAUAGUGCUAAUGCUACUUCGUAUUUGUUUCCUUUGAGCACUCACCAAAAAAUUCGAUCGUUCAGUUAUCAGAAAUUUGUACCCCACUUGGGACUUGGGCUAGCCUACUCUUGCCUAAUGAUAGUUUCCCUAGCUUGUUCCACCGAGGAUGUCUAAACAAGAUUUCCUAUCCCUCAGACUUUCUCAUUCUCAAUAAACACAGUCGGUCGCGAAAACGCCAAGUAUAUUAUCUUCGAAUGCCACUGAUAUGGUUAAAGCGAGGUCAAUGGAGGAGCUCUUUCGGAGGAAAACCGAAAAUUGCCAAAGAAUGUUGGUAUCUUCUGUUUUAUCUUCAUCUUGUAAGACUUCUUACUCUUUUGUUCCUAGGACAUGGACGUAGGAUAUGUUGAAGUGAGUGGGUAAUAUAUAUGUCGAAAACAUUUUGGAUGAAACUCAAACUUCUUCUUUUACUGAAGAAAAAUUUUUGGCUACAAUUGAAGUAGAGUACUUAAACCCGUCUCCGGACUGGCAUCACGACGCCAUCGACUUCAGCUGAAUCGCUAUGCGCAAUGGCAGCGACUCGGGCAGAGUAAAAGGUGGUUUCAUCCGCAGAAAAAUAGCGACGUUACAACGUUCGCGGAUGAGUACACAAAGCAGAUGCUCACGGGGCCACACAUGAAGACGCAGCCUCUAGUCAGUCGAUAGCUGCAUGACGUCUUCGUGGAGCGUCUCUUGUAUUGCGCCUCUUCCGGUGCGCCUCUACUUUCACGGUGGUGGUCGCCGGUGUCCAUCAGAGGUUCGUGAAAAUGUCGCGUGCAUGCUUACAAAUAGAAGUAUUAGUCGAUGUCGUACCAAACUUAACACCGAUUGUUAUUGUCAUGCCCAUCAUGUUAAAAUUGAAAAUACAAUCCGAUUCCACUCAUAGAAUCAUGCACGAUGGAUUGUGUUUAGAUGUGAGAACGCAUGUCAUGCGAACAUCAUUUUCUAUAUUUGAGUAAUUUGUCAUCAUCGGUAAUAUGUGGAUUUUGCUCCGAAAAAUUAACCCCUUGCGCAUGUCGUGCAAGGAAGGUCUGCACUGAGAAAAUACACAUAUUAUUGGAUUCAGAGCUCCAAUUGUCAUUACAAGUUGAUGAAAGAUGAACCCAAGAACAUGAUGCAGUGGAUGUAGAAAAGGCAAAAUUAUUCAGUGGGCCUUUAGACGCUAUUUCCUUGUCUGUUUAAAUGAUACCUGAAUGCCGUAGAAAGGCUUCUAUCGGAUUUGUAGAAUGACGAAAGGAUUUUUGAAGAAGUCUCAGUCUAAGCUGAGCUCUAAAAGCAAGUUGAAGGGGCUCUUUGAAUAAUGAAUGCACAAUGGAGGAGGAUGGACACGAGGACAAAAAGCAUUUUUGUAGGGGAAAGGAGAGAUGGAACCGAAAAACCUUUGGCUAAUGUGUGUUCACCGGUCUUGCGGAC